AUGGACCACUUCUCGACAGUGCUGCAGCGACCUCCUCAUUUUGACGAGGAUGGAACAGAAGGGAGAGGAGAUCGAGGAAACGGCGCCGGUCCAGGUCCAGCACCACCACCACCACGCGGAGGUCUGCGCGACAUUCUCAACCCAGUGAGCAGCAACAGCGCCGUACAAUCCCAAGCAGCAGCACCACCACCACCAGCAGCGUCAUCAUCGCUCCAUGGAUUUGCAGGAUCAGUGCCGCCGACCUCCUUGACAAAUUCUAUGCGCGCGACGCCGCACAGCUCGUCCUCGUUCAAUUUACGAUCGCCGACGCAGCAACCGUCGGAAUACCGUCAUCCACUUUCCUCUCUGGCGACUCCAGCACACGCUGCUGCACCACCACAUCUAGCACCCUUUACGGCCUCGCCUCCCACGUCCACCAUCAACGCCAACAACAACAACAACAACAACAACAACGCGCUAGGUGCCGCCGGCAGUCUGAGCAGUCAACCACCACCACCACCACCCACGGGUCCGCCCUCAAUUCUUAAUCCUCCAACACCAAGCCAACAACAUCAACAACACCACCAUCCCAAUCCCUUUGUCGCAGCAUCCGCACCCUCGCUGCCGCCGCCGCCGCCGUCCUCGUUGCAAGCUCCACCCGCCAUUACACCCAUCGCUGGCCUAUCAGCUCCGGCCCCGGCAUCGAGUUCGCUACCUCUGUCAGCAGGAGGCAUCGGAAACUCCAUCACGGUCUCGUCCAGCUCCCAACCGCCAGCCCGAGCAUCGCAACUGCACGCGCCAUCGGCCUACUAUUCGCCGGCAGAAUCGUUCCGCGAUCGGGAUUCGUCAGUACGCGAAAAAUCAUCGACAGGCGGCAGCUUUUACGACCCAACCGCCGAGGCCAGCAACAGCAUUAGUGGCUCGAGUCCACGAAAAGAUCGAGAUCGCGACCGUGAUCACCGGGGUACAACAAGGGAAUCACAGCGCCGCAGGGUUUCGGGCCAUUCCGACACGGGCUCCUCCUGGCGAAACGCGACCCAGACUUCCGCUUCGGGCUCGGCCAGCAACAAGGCCCGCGAUCCGUACAACUAUUCCCCGUCCUCGGCCGAUUAUUACAACACCAGGAAAAAGGAAAACUACCCGGUCGAUAAUACGUCGUCUUCAUCGAUUGCAGCUCCGUCCAACUUUACUGUUGCGACGCGUAGUCCUGUAGCCGCGCUUUCCCAUCCGGCAUCCAUAGCUGCACCAGCUAGUGUCGGCAGUCUCACCGGAUCCAUCAGCCCCAGGCUUUCACUCAGACCACCAAGCAUGGCCUCUCCCACCAUACGAAGCGCCGUCUUAGCUAAUCCCACAAACGGCAUAACUUCCACCGCACUACCGGCUCUAGGCAGGAACGAUUCGCCACCUUCCAAGAUGUCUCCCGCUACAUCAACCAACCCUAGCCGUGCCGCUGGUGUCAUGUCCUUUUCCAAUAUUCUCUCGAGCUCCGAGCCCGUUCCUAGACCCCGUGCGACUUCACCCAACAACAUGGAUGAUGACGACGACGUUCCCAUGAAGGUCGAGCGCGCCGACUCAUCCGAGAAGGUCGUCAAGGAGAAGAAGGAGAGGAAACCGCGCCAGCCCAAGCAACCACGCAUCUCUGACAUCAGGCACUCCGAGUCCACUCCCAAGGGGCGACGAGGGUCGACCAAGCAAGAGAGUCCGCUGCCCAACAUUCGCAUUCCGGCCAAGAGAACGGCCAACGGUGCUCCCAAGCAACAAAAGACAUUCUCGGCGGAGAAUGAGGAGAAGAUCAGGAAAGCGAUGGAUCGAAUCGAAACACGAGAGCUUCCCCACGAGGACGAAUUCGAGGAGGAGUUGCGCUUGUGGAGGGAGCGACGCGAGUACAAGAGGCAACAGAUGAACCAACGCGACCUCCGCCAGCGCCGACAGAGGAGAGCCGACUACACCGAAGUCGAAGCCCAGAAGCUCAAGCUGCAUGCCGACUUUGGCAAGCGUCGAUAUGAUGAUCUUAAUUACGAUGAUGCGUUGCAGGAGGUUCGGGAGCGCGAGCUCUUUGCCGAGAAGGAGCGCAAGAAGGACAUGCAGCGCAAGAGGCGGCGCGAGAAGUCCAUGGCCACUACCAUGGAGGCAAAGGCAGCCGCCUUGGCUAGGGCCUCUGCAGCGCAGGAUGAAGCCGAAAGACAGAAGUACAUGCGCGAAGCAGAACGGGCGAAUAAGAAAGUUCAACAGACCCGCCUCAUUUUGCAGAAGGGCAUCAAGGGCCCGUCGCGGAACACCGGUCCCAUCGAGCCGAACCUGGAAGGCGGUACUAUGGCUACGUUCCAGGCCGAGAACAUGGAGCCUGGUAAGACGAAGGGUAAGGGUCGUGCCGGCGCGAGACCCAAGAAAUCCAAGGAGCAGAAGCAGGCCGAGAAGGAUGCCGCCGAAGCUGCCCAAGCCGCUCUUGAUGCCGGUCUCGAGCUGCCGCCCAAGGAAGAAACCAACAAGAUCCGCAUCAAGCUCACCAAGACUAAGGCGCCCAAGGAGGCUGAUGUGGACAAGGAUAAGGAGAACAAGGAGCCUCAAGAGCCGAAGGAGCCUAAGGAGCCCAAAGAGAAGGUGGUGAAGGAAAAGGUUGUGGAGGAACCCAAGGACCCGUUGGAACUCAAGUUCCAGUCCAAGGGCUUCAACCAGAUCUAUGACCAGAUUUGGCGCGAUCUUGCUAGGAAGGACGUCAACAAGGUGUUCAGAUUGGCGAUCGAUUCGUAUUCUACCAAGUCCUCUAACCUCAAGAAGACUGCCAUCCUCGCGUCCAAAGAGGCCAAGAGAUGGCAACUCCGUACCAACAAGGGCACCAAGGAUUUGCAAGCUCGUGCCAAGCGUGUCAUGCGUGACAUGAUGGGCUUCUGGAAGCGCAACGAGCGUGAAGAGCGUGAUCUCCGAAAGGCAGCUGAAAAGCAAGAGCUGGAGAACGCUCGCAAGGAGGAAGCAGACCGCGAAGCCGCUCGCCAGAAGAGGAAGCUCAACUUCCUUAUCUCGCAGACCGAACUGUACUCCCAUUUCAUUGGCAAGAAGAUCAAAACUAACGAGGUGGAGCGCAGCACGGACCACCCCGAUGAGAUCGCGGCUGAGAAGGACAAGAUCCCAGAGAACGAGAUGGACAUCGAGGUGCCUACUGGCCCCAUUGGUGCCAAGGUUACCAACUUUGAGAAUCUCGACUUUGACGCCGAAGAUGAAUCGACGCUGCGGGCUGCUGCCAUGGCGAAUGCGCAGAAUGCUAUUGCCGAGGCCCAGAAGAAGGCUAGGGAGUUCAACAAGGAAGAGUCCAAGCUUGAUGAGGAUGGCGAGAUGAACUUCCAGAACCCAACCAUGAUGGGCGACGUCGAGAUCGAGCAGCCCAAGCUUCUCAACUGCCAGCUCAAGGAGUACCAGCUCAAGGGUCUCAACUGGCUCGUCAACCUGUACGAGCAAGGCAUCAACGGUAUCCUGGCCGACGAAAUGGGUCUAGGAAAGACGGUGCAGUCCAUUUCCGUCAUGGCCUACCUUGCCGAGAAGUACGAUAUCUGGGGUCCCUUCCUGGUUGUUGCGCCUGCAUCGACCCUGCACAACUGGCAGCAGGAAAUCACAAAGUUCGUUCCCCAGUUCAAGGUGCUCCCUUACUGGGGUACUGCAGGCGACCGUAAGGUGCUGCGUAAGUUCUGGGAUCGCAAGCACACGACCUACAAGAAGGACGCCCCCUUUCAUGUCAUGAUUACCUCGUACCAACUCGUUGUCUCUGAUGUUGCGUACUUCCAGAAGAUGAAGUGGCAGUACAUGAUCCUGGAUGAAGCCCAGGCUAUCAAGAGUUCACAGAGUUCGCGUUGGAAGUGCCUGUUGGGCUUCCACUGCCGUAACCGUCUCCUGUUGACGGGUACCCCUAUCCAGAACAACAUGCAGGAACUCUGGGCCCUGCUGCAUUUCAUCAUGCCGUCACUGUUCGACUCUCACGAUGAGUUUAGUGAAUGGUUCUCUAAGGACAUUGAGUCUCAUGCUCAGAGUAAUACCAAGCUCAACGAGGACCAGCUGAAGCGUCUGCACAUGAUCCUCAAACCCUUUAUGCUGCGUCGUGUCAAGAAGCAUGUCCAAAAGGAACUCGGCGACAAGAUCGAGAUGGACGUUUUCUGCGAUCUCACAUACAGACAGCGUGCCAUGUACGCCAAUUUGCGCAAUCAGAUCAGCAUCAUGGACCUCAUCGAGAAGGCGACACUGGGCGACGACGAUUCUGCUAGUCUCAUGAAUCUCGUCAUGCAGUUCCGUAAGGUGUGCAACCACCCUGACCUCUUCGAGCGGGCGGAUACCGCUUCGCCGUACUCGUUCGGCUACUUUGCCGAGACAGCCUCGUUCAUCCGUGAGGGUAGCCAGGUUACCGUCGGUUACUCUACGCGCAGCUUGAUCCAGUACGAGCUGCCUAGACUGCUCUGGCGCGACGGAGGACGGCUGCACAAGGCUGGUGAAGACAACCAGGUCGCUGGAUGGCGGAACCAGUGGCUCAAUGAGAAGUUCAACAUCUGGACUCCGGAGCAUAUCCGUGAGAGCCUAGCCGGGACUGACAACUUCUCAUGGUUGCGCUUUGCCGACACAAGCUACGAGGAGGCAUACCAGGCUAGUCACAAGGAUCUCUUUGCUCGGGCUGUCGAGAUGUCCACCAAGAAGAACCGGCUUGCGAAGAUCAAGAUCGCUUACGAUGAGCCGGAGGACUUGAACUUCACUCCGGCGCAUGCCCUCUUCCAGAUCAGGGAACGUGAGGAUCGGAGGCCUUUGGCUGAGAUCACUGAGCAAGGCAUUCUGGGCAGUUUGAUGAAUGUCUCCCGGAGUGCAUUCUCCGAGACUGGCCUCGGUCGUCUCGAGCAGGCUGCAGCUCCCAAGGCCUCGGCUCCUCCUAUCGAGGUGGUCUGCGACAGCCGUAGCGCAGUGGUUGAGCGGGAGAACAUCAUGUUUAACGCUCCCAUGCGCAAGGUCCUCUUUGGACCUACCCUGGCCGAGGAGAAGGCGCUCGUCGUACAAAAGGUGCCGCCAUCACGCUACCCACCGCCAGCGUUGCUCCCUGCGCCAGACAAGGAGAAGCAGAAGUUCACCAACAUCACCGUCCCGUCGAUGCGCCGCUUUGUCACCGACUCGGGCAAGCUCGCCAAGCUCGACGAGCUCCUGCGCGAGCUCAAGGAGAAUGGCCACCGCGUCCUCCUCUACUUCCAAAUGACGCGCAUGAUCGAUCUCAUGGAAGAGUAUCUUACUUACCGCAACUACAAGUACUGCCGACUCGACGGUUCAACCAAGCUCGAAGACCGUCGCGACACCGUUGCCGACUUCCAGACCCGCCCCGAGAUCUUCAUCUUCCUGUUGUCUACUCGUGCCGGUGGUCUGGGCAUCAACCUGACCUCUGCCGACACCGUCAUCUUCUACGACUCGGAUUGGAACCCGACCAUCGAUUCGCAAGCCAUGGAUCGUGCCCAUCGUCUGGGUCAGACCAAGCAGGUUACUGUCUACCGUCUUAUUACCAAGGGCACGAUCGAGGAACGCAUCCGCAAGCGUGCCAUGCAAAAGGAAGAAGUCCAGCGCGUGGUUAUCACGGGUGGCUCUUCGGCUGCUGGUGGCGGUGUGGACUUCUCUGGUCGUCGUGCGCCUGAGAACAGGAACCGCGAUAUCGCCAUGUGGCUGGCGGAUGAUGAGCAGGCGGAGAUGAUUGAGAAGAGGGAGCGCGAGCUGUUGGAGAGUGGAGAGUUGGAUAAGUUGCAGAAGAAGAGCAGGGGAGGUAACAAGAGGAAGAGGGGAGGUGCUGGGGGAGAAGGGAAGGAGGUUAGUUUGGAUGAGAUGUAUCAUGAGGGUGAGGGCAACUUUGAUGAUGGAGGGAAUAAUAUCAAGGGUAGCGGAACGGCUACGCCUAAUGGUGCUGCCGGUGGUGAGGGAGGUGAUGGAAAGGGAGCAGCGGGAGGAGCGGCGAAGAAGAGGAAGACGGGUGGAAGCAAAAAGGCCAAGACGACCAAGCAGAGAUUGGCUAUUGCUGAUGGGGAGAUUGAUAUCUGAUCCCGAUGUUCGUCUCCUGGAAGCCUCCUCAAGGGAAGAUAUGAAGAGCAUGAUAUCGCAGCGCUGAAUUCGUGAAGGAGGAGGAGGAAAUUGCUUUCUUUGCAUUGUUUUCCUUUUGUAGUACUAGAUGGUGAACGGGUGGGUGGGUUUGAGCUGAGCAUUUGCUACAUUCGUCAACUUGCAUGUUCAUUUCAUGGAUUCAAA